AUGGACUGGUCACAAAGGUUUAGAGACAAACCUGCGGUAGUGAUCAAGGAGAACAACCUGCAGGAGGAUUUGGAAAAAGCUCAUAGACAAAUUGGGAUUCUAAAUGACAAAAUUGAGUCAAUCACCAAAGAGCUGCACUGGUCUGUCAAGCAAAAAAAAUACCUGGAACGGCAGCAAAUCCCAAAGUUGAAACACGAGGUAGAGAACCGGAGUUCCAACAAGACUCAGCUGUUGUCUGAGGUAAACCAGUUAAAAAAUACAGUCAAAGAGCUUCAAAUCUCUUUAAAAAACCUCGACAGGGACUCAAAACUGCAGGUUGAGAAGAUUUUGUCAGAAAAGAAGCAAGUGUCGUCUCAACUCACAGCAUACAAGGGGAAAAUUGAAAAGCAGUAUUGUGACAUGAAGAGACUUGAGUUUGAGCUCAUCCGAAAGACUGACGAAAUCGGAAUGAAGAACAGUGAGAUCAUGAGAGAAAAGGACAGGUCCAGACUUCUUGAGGGAAAGAUCAAAGCUCUGGAAAAGCAGCUGAAAGAGGCAGAGAAAGAAAAUAAAAUGAAUAAGAAAUCACCAGUGGAGGAAGUCACAGAGAAAACUAAGCCAGAGUUUAAACCAAAGAUCGAUUUGACUUCAGGCGUAUUAGCUCAGGAGAAACAGCGAAAGACAUCAUCAAAACGUCUGAUGAGAAGAGAUAGACAGAUGAGCAAGAACUUGAAGCAGCAGGCGAAGAGCUCCUCCAAGGCCUUAGCCUCACUACCACAGCGACAGGCCAUGGUCACAAAGAAAAGUUUGGACUAUACAUCUCACUUGAAACAGCUGAAGAUAGAAACUAAAUCGUUCAAUUAUCAGAUAAAGACACCAACUGACGAAAAGCAGAAAGAUCAAGGUCACUUUAAAGAAUCCACCAACCAAAUGUUUACGGUGAGAAAAUUGAACAUUCAAGAGAGGACGACACACAAACAUUCAAAAGAAACUAUAAAGACCGAGGCAAAGGCAGAACACAAUUUAGCGAUGGAAGGACCUAAAAUUGAAAUUCAAACACAAAUGAACGAUAAACAAGUCAAAAUACAACAUCUUGAAAAAUCAUCCCUCAAGCUAACCAAAACCAAGUCAUCAGCUAGAAAUCGGAGACUUUUGCUUCUGCGUGAAAGCAAGGGGGAGCUAAAUUUGAAAGAAGACCUGACAGCUCAAGAACAGCAGCUGAAACCAACGCCACCGCAGGUAAAGCCAACACCACCGGACAUGAAUCCAACGCCACCAGUGAUUAAACCAACGCCCCCUACGACAAGGAUGCCUCAAAUGCCACCAUUUACACCGGCAGUCAGGAUGUUUUUUCUGAGGGAAAUUGAGAGGAGACGAAACAGUGGACAACCUGGCGGGAAUACCACAGUGAAAGACAAAAGUCAAGAUCCCUAG